AUGGCGGCCGAAGUGAGGUGGUUAUUUUACUUAUUACCAAUUUAUAUAUUUGGAUUAAUAUCUGGAACUAUUGGAACUUUACCACAUAGAAGAUUUGAAUAUAAAUAUUCUUUUAAACCUCCUUAUCUUGCUCAAAAAGAUGGAUCAGUUCCCUUUUGGGAAUAUGGUGGAAAUGCCAUCGCUUCAUCUGAUAAUGUCAGAAUAGCUCCAUCUUUAAAAAGUCAAAAAGGAGCUAUUUGGACCAAAUCCAAAACAAAUUUCAAAUGGUGGGAAGUAGAAAUAGUUUUUCGAAUUACUGGAAGAGGAAGAUUAGGAGCUGAUGGUCUCGCAUUUUGGUACACUGCUAAUAAAGGAAGCUACGAUGGUACUGUUUUUGGAUCAUCUGAUAAAUGGGUUGGGUUGGGUGUUAUGUUUGACUCUUUUGAUAACGAUAACAAACAUAAUAAUCCUUACAUCAUGGCAGUAGUCAAUGAUGGAACUAGAGAAUUUGAUCAUGCAAAUGAUGGAUCAUCUCAACUGCUGGGAGGUUGCUUGAGAGAUUUCAGGAAUAAACCUUUCCCAACAAAAGCCAAAAUAGAAUAUUAUAAUAAUGUUUUAACUGUUUUAUUCCAUAAUGGAAUGACUUCAAAUGACCAAGAUUAUGAAAUGUGCUUCCGAUAUGAAAAUGUUUAUUUGCCUGAAGAGGGUUACUUUGGGUUAUCAGCUGCGACUGGAGGUCUUGCUGACGAUCACGACGUCAUUCAUUUCUUGACAACUUCAUUACAUCCACCUGGUCAUGAACAACCAUCAGCUCAAAAAGUUUCUGUCGAAGAACAGCAAAGAUUAAAUCAAGAAUAUCAAGAAUAUCAGAAAAAAUUACAGGAACAACGGGAUAGUUAUCAACGAGAACAUCCUGACGCAAAAAAAGAUAAGGAUGAAUUUGGUGACUUUUUCGAGUCAGACAAUCAAAGAGAAUUGCGACAAAUAUUUUCAGUUCAAAGCCAAGUUUUUGACGUUCUUAAAGACCUUCAUAAAAAAUUAGAUGAAAUUAUCGGUAGACAAGAAAGAACUCUUAGUCUUAUAUCUCAUCAACCAAUGCAAGUUGGGUCUCCGCCUGGAACUCCUCCUCAAAUGAUCGAUACCAUAAAUAGGCGCGAAGUAGAUAUGGUUUUGCAAAACCAAAAUGCAAUUAUUCAAGUUGCCAGAGAAAUUAGGGGUUUUGUAGGGGAGGUACACUCUAAGAGUGAUAUAAUUUUGCAAAAUCAAGCCAGACAACCAACUGCUCAAGUGCAUUAUGAUAUGGCAUCUGUAGUAAAUGAAAUGAGAGAGGGACUCAAUAAUGUUAAACAAAGUUUAACUGUUAUUAUUCAAAGGUUGUCUAGCUCGGAUUCUACCUGCCCUCCAUGUUUAUCCGCAACAACGUUUAUAGUUUUUUCAGUUAUUCAACUUAUAUUAAUGUUGGGUUAUUCAAUUUACAGGCAACAGGAACAAAGAGCAAAGAAAUUUUAUUAG